CGGCAACUGUCAUGAUGUUUAUAAACGUUUCCUCGUUUUAGCCAAAAUUAUUUUGGUGAAGUGAAUUUUCACAUUACAGAAGCAAUAAAACGUUUAAUUUUGGUGUAAUUUGCUUAAAGUUUUAUAACCAAUCGCGUCUACACCGUUAUGGGUUCCUCAAAAAAGCAUAAGAAGGAGUCGAAAAAGCAUAAACGUCGCUCUCGGAGCCGUUCUCCGCAUGAGAAACGCAGCCGUUCGUAUUCGGUCGAGGAACAGGAACACGAACAAGAGGUGGAGUACGAACGAGUCCGCAAGGAACCGUCCGCUGGUGAAAAGUCCUACCGCCAUAAAAAGCACAGGAAGGAACGAAGUGAGCACAAGCACCACCGGCGAACGAAGCGCUAUGAGGAAGGCAACGGAGAGCAGGAAAGCGGAUCCAGCAGGAGGCACAAAAGCCGUCGCGAGCGAGAGUUGGUGGAGGUGGCGGAUGACAGCGACAGUUCCGACUGUGUUGAAGUCCCUGUCGACGAUGAAAUCCCACCACCCCCGCCGCCAAUCACUCGGCGCUAUCCUACACCGGAACCGGUACGCAAAUCACCCUCACCGCCUAGACUGGCAGCACCUAGGAGGCGCACACCGUCACCGCCACGGAUAGCUCGAAGGAGGACACCAUCGCCAUCGCCUCCCCCACCACCGCCAAAGAUUUCUCGACGACGGUCGCCUUCGCCACCACCACCACCCUCGGUUAGGCAGAGGUCGCCUCCACCGCCUCCUUCGGCCAGGCAAAGAUCGCCACCGCCUCCCCCAGCAGUCAAGCUGAGGUCUCCAUCACCAAUUCCGACAAAUGGCGCCGGUGAUGUUCUGUCAAUUGAAGAGACCAAUAAGCUAAGAGAAAAGCUUGGCUUGAAGCCUUUGGAAGUCGGUCCAUCUUCUGUGUCUGUGGAGAGUGGAUCUAAACGUGACGAAGAUGCACCAAAGGACGCCAAAACAGGCAAGAGCUAUGAAAAGAUUAAGGACGAUUUGGGAGAAUUUUAUCACAAGCCUGCGUCAAGUAUAACGGAGAAGACCAAGGAAGAAAAGAUACGGCAAAAAUUGAAGGAACGCAAAGAGAAGCGUGCGAUCGAAGAAAAGUUGAAGAAGGUUCAAACGCUUGGAGAAGAUGAUGAGAUGGAUGACCUGAAGAGUUGGGCCAUCAGAACCAGAGACAAGCAUCGAUUGAAGAAGGAAGCCGAUCAAAGAGCAAAGUUGUUGGAUCAGCUGGAUGAAGAAUUCGGUGUGGGUGAUUUGGUGGAACAAGAAGUUCGUAAUUCGAGACGAGAGGCGUACAAAGAUCGAGAUUUAAGAGGACUGAGGGUUGAGCAUGAUGUGGAAGAGUUCAAGGAAGGCCGACAUGUUAUUUUGACCCUAAAAGAUGCGGAUGUUCUUGAUGAGGAAGCUGGCGAUACGCUGGUCAACGUUAACAUGGUUGAUGACGAACGGUACAAAAAGAAUGUCGAAAACAGGAAGCAAAAUCCCAACAGCUAUGGGUACGAUGUCUACAGUCAGGACGAUGUGGAUGAGUUCGGAAUGCCGAAACAAAGAGACAUUCUCGGGAAAUACAACGAAGAAAUAGGGGGGCAGCAGAAAACCAGUUUCACGAUCGGCUCAAAUGCUGAGCAUGAAGCCUUUGAAAGGCGUAGGCAACUGGAAAUAAGAGCCAAACUCCAGAACAAGAAGUUAGAAGCGUUGAACACUCUUCCUCUCACAUUAGCUUCUGAGUUCUAUACAGAAACAGAAAUGGCAUCAUUCAAAAAACCCAAAAAGAAGGUCAGAAAAAUUCGUCAGAAGCUCCGUGCAGAUGAUUUGUUGGGUUCUAUUCCGGAAGCCUCAUCCAGUCAGGAUCUGGGUUCGCGUUCUUCGCGUCGACCGGCACCAACAGCCACCGAAACAGAGUCCCAAUUCAGGAAUAGAAGGAAAGACCUGCUACUGACCGACGACACUUCAGUUCCCCAGGAAGACUUAUCGAACAUAAAAAUCGAAGAGGACGACGAAGAUCUGCAAGCUGUUCUUUCGAAAGCUCGCAGACUCAAACAGAAGGAAGCCAUCAUUUCCAAAGCCCUUCCGAUCGAUCCGGAUCAGGUCAAGAAGGAGAUCAAACCGGAAAUGGACUCCGACGAGGAGGAAUCCAAUUACGACACUCGAACUCGGGAUGGUGCGAUCUUACUGAAUGCCACCGCCGAAUUCUGUCGAACCCUCGGUGAUAUUCCGACCUACGGUUUGGCUGGAAACCGCGACGAAGAUGUGAACGACAUGAUGGACUUUGAUCAGGAAAGCGACAGAGAGCAAGAGGAAAUGGUGGACCCUGCCGGAGCAUGGAACUCGGUCAACACCGAGCAGGAACAGGAAGGCCAGAGCUCGUCAGCCGUGCCCGUAGAUGAUGUCGCCAUUUUAGAUGAGGAACCGGACGUGGCUUCCAGCGUUGCCGGAGCUUUACAAUUAGCCCAAUCGAAAGGUUACCUGGAGCGAGAGGAAUCUAAUCGACCGAGCAAUGCUCGGUUCGCUCACCUACAAGCACAGAACUAUUCGAUUGAGGAUAAAAACUACGGCGAUGAUGACAAAUAUUCGCGGCGGGAUCGUUUCAGUGGUCCAAUCAUGGACUUCAAGGAGAAGGACACAUUCAAACCGAAUGUAAAGCUGGAGUACAUCGACGAUAAUGGACACUUGCUGACUCCGAAGGAAGCCUUUCGGUAUCUUUCACACAAGUUCCACGGUAAAGGACCGGGCAAGAACAAAGUCGAAAAGCGGUUGAAGAAGAACGAACAGGAAGGGUUGAUGAAGAAGAUGAGUUCGACGGAUACUCCGCUUGGGACGUUGAACAUGUUGCAGCAGAAGCAGAAGGAAACCCAGUCGGCGUUUGUGGUACUCAGUGGUAGCAAGCAGAACACCAGCAUUGUGAAACAUAAGCGUUAAGAGUAAGUGAAGCCGAUAGUCGUCUGAGAAGGAUUAGUAAAGUGGCGAGAACCAUCACUGAUCGAUUUUCAAAGAUAGUUUAUUCUCGUAUAUUAUUUGCUGACAUUUUCAGCAAAUGGGUUUAAUACAGCUGCUUGUAACGCAAAAAAAGACUUUUUAUUG